GAUUGGCUGGGGCGGGGGUGUUCUAGGGGAAGCGUAGAGGGGCAGAGAUGGCUCUGGCCCGGCUCGGGAAGGUGGUUCCCAAAACCAGCAUCCUCUUCCUGUGUGACAUGCAGGAGAAGUUCCGGCCCAACAUAGCCCACUUCCCCCAGAUUGUGGCCGUGGCAGCGCGCAUGUUGCAGGUGGCGCAGCUGCUGGAGAUCCCGGUGGUGGUGACGGAGCAGUACCCCCAGGGGCUGGGCCCUACGGUGCCCGAGCUGGGGGCCGAGGGGCUGAGGAAGUUCCCCAAAACCUGCUUCAGCAUGCUGGUCCCGGAGGUGGAGCAGGAGUUGGGGGCACUGCCCCACCUGCGCUCUGUGCUCCUGUGCGGCAUUGAGACCCAGGCCUGCAUCAUGAGCACAGCACUCGAUGCCCUGGAGCGGGGGCUGGAUGUUCACGUGGUGGCUGACGCGUGCUCCUCCAGAAGCCAAGUGGACCGGCUGGCAGCCCUGUCCCGCCUGCGGCAGAGCGGUGCCUUCAUCACCACCAGCGAGGGGCUGAUCCUGCAGCUGGUCAGAGACGCCGCCCACCCCCGCUUCCGACAGAUCCAGAAGCUCAUUAAGGACCCGGCCCCGGACAGUGGCCUCCUCUCCCUGUUCCCGGGACAGAGCCCCGGCUUCAGCUAACCCUGCGGCCCCCAGACUCUCCCCCCCGCCCCCCACUCCCCGACCCCAGCACUUGGAGGCAGGGCAGGGCUGGAAUAAACCCUUCAGUACAGCGAUCAGCUGGCACUGUGUGUGUGAAGUGCUGCCCCCUGCUGGUGUCUGUGGGGGUGUCAGUUGUGCUGCCCCCUCCGGGCGGGCGUGUGCUUUUGCUUGUUCAUCUCUCUGCUGUCGAGCGACCCUCGAAGCCUCGUGCCCCCCAGCAACCUGCGGCCCCACAGUCCUAGCGCGCUUCUGUUCCCAGACAGUGUUUCCCUCACCCCAUCAGCCCCCAGUUCCCACCCCUCCAACCCCCCUCCCACGUUCCCCUCUCGGGGGGGGGGCAGC